AUGAUCAGCACCACGCUCCUCCGGCAGUGCCCAUCCUUCCGCCCUGGCGUGGCGUACGUGCUUCACAACGCCCUCUACCUGCAGCCCUGCGCGCGCAACGUUGCUGCCACCUCGCUGCUCGCCAGCCGUGGGCCCGGGUUUGCGCUGCCGGCCGACUGCGGCUUUGAGCGGCUCGACCCCAACUCGGAGCCCACUGCGGCGGAACUCGCGGCGGUGGUGGACGAGGUGUACGCCGCGAGCACCGCCUCGGCGGGCGCUAUGGGUGAAAAUGACGCUGGGAUCACCUUUGCCGGCGACGGAGAGCCGCUGCUGGCGCUCGAGACGCUGGUCGAGACCGUGGAGCUGCUGCGGGUGCGGCGCAACGGGCUGCCGAUGCGCAUCGUCACGAGCGGGCUCGUCGGCCCCGAGAUUGCGGAGCGGCUGAUGGGGUCGGGCGCCGUGGCGCUCGGCGAUGAGGACGCGCGGCGCGAGACGCGGAUCGCCUCUGUCUCCGUGGCGCUGAACGCGGACAGUCCGAACCUGUACCAGCGGCUGGUCGGGCCUCCGAACGGCGCGGCGGGGUUCGGCCAGGUCUGCGGCUUCAUCUCCGCCCUCGCAGAGGGCGGCGUGGCGGUCGAGUGCACGUGCGUGGAGCACCCGGACGUGGAUGUCGCGGCGACGAGGCGGCUCGCCCUCGCGCUGGGCGCGAGGGAUCUGCGCGUGCGACCGUACUUUGCGGCGAGUUGA